AUGGCAUCCGUUAACGUAAACCUAUCUUCUAAGCAGACGGUCGAGCUCGAGCAGGAGUACUCGGCCCACAACUACCACCCUCUCCCUGUGGUGUUCCACAAAGCGCUCGGCGCGCACGUAUGGGACCCUGAGGGCAAGGAAUACCUGGACUUUUUGUCGGCGUACUCGGCGGUCAACCAGGGCCACUGCCACCCAGAGAUCAUCGCCGCGCUGGUGGACCAGGCGUCGAAGCUGACCCUGUCGUCGCGUGCGUUCUCCAACGACGUGUUCGCCGCGUUCGCUAAGUACGUUACCGAGUACUUCAACUACGAGAUGAUGCUGCCCAUGAACACCGGUGCGGAGGCGGUCGAGACCGCCUUGAAGCUCGCCAGACGCUGGGGCUACAUGAAGAAGGGCAUCCCCGAUAACCAGGCCAUCAUCCUGGGUGCGCACAGCAACUUCCACGGCCGUACCUUCGGCGCGAUCUCUCUCUCCACCGACGAAGACUCGCGUAACAAGUUCGGCCCCUUCCUGGAAAACACCACCUCCAAGAUCCCCGGCACCACCGACAGAUACCUGCGCUACGGCGUGGUGGAGGACGUGGAGCUGGCUUUCCAAAACGCCGGCGACUGCAUCGCUGCGCUGAUCGUCGAGCCCAUCCAGGGUGAGGCCGGUAUCGUGGUCCCCAGGGCCGACUACUUGACCAAGGUCCAGCAGCUGUGCCGCAAAUACAACGUUUUGUUGAUCUGCGAUGAGAUCCAGACCGGUAUCGCUAGAACUGGUAAGAUGCUGUGCUACGAGCACUCUCCAGACGUGAAGCCAGACAUUAUCUUGCUGGGCAAAGCCAUUUCCGGCGGUGUCUUGCCAGUCUCCUGUGUCUUGUCUUCUAAGGACAUCAUGUUGUGCUUCGAGCCUGGCUCUCACGGCUCCACCUACGGUGGUAACCCACUGGCUUCGCGUGUUGCAAUUGCGGCCCUUGAAGUUGUGAGAAAAGAGAACUUGGUUCAAAGAGCCCAAGACUUGGGCGAGUUCCUGCAGGGCGAGCUUGAGAAGCUGCGGGACUCUUCGAACGGCAUUAUUUCUGAGGUUCGCGGUAAGGGCCUGCUGACUGCUAUUGUGAUCGACCCUAAGCGUGCCAACGGCAGAUCCGCCUGGGACCUCUGUCUCCUGAUGAAGGACCAGGGAGUUUUGGCCAAGCCCACUCACGAGCACAUCAUCAGAUUGGCACCACCUUUGGUUAUCUCAAAGGAGGAUUUGCUGAAGGGUGUGGACGCCAUCAGAAAAUCUUUGGAGCUAUUGCCAACCGUGGAAAAGGCGGCUCACUAG